CAGCGCUGCAGUUUAAUGUUAAACGCUUUCGAUACAGUCGUCUGUGAACCCGAGGAAUAGAAACAGGGAAAGAGUGUCAACAUAUGAAACAUGUGGAAGUUUCUUCUACCAGCGCUCGACUGGUCCCACCGUCUCUUAGGGCAAAAGGUUAACAUGUACCAGACCUGUUCAUAUGAAGUUGUGAAGAAUUCAGCCCAGGCUGUUGUCGCGCCACUGAAAAGUUGCCUCAGCUCUCUCGACAGGGUCUAUGAAGCUCUUGAGGCUGCAGAUAUCGAUCCCAUUACUGGGUACUGCUCCAACCAUGAGUACAUCAGACAGCAGAUAGUGCUGGCCUGGCAAAGUAUGCAGCUUUCUGAUCAGGCAGCCACGGCAUGUCUGAGGCAUCUGGAUAAGACGUUGGAGACUCUUACACGGGACAAGGGAACACUCGAAUGGCAGAAGGAUGCUACAAAGUGCACUUUGGACAACUUGAGAACAGAGCAGGCAUCGAAUGAAAAGUUGCUCCUUGAAUCUCUGGGAGCGUUGGAGCAGGCCGAGGAACACCUGAGUUCAACAAAAGAGACGGUACAGAGGCAAGAAAGAAGGGCACAAACUGCUUCAACGGUCGCAGGUGUAGGGCUAGGACUGACAGUUAUACCAUUUGUUGGAUGGGUUGUUGGUCCCGCGUUGGUCAUUGGUAGUAUGAUAGAACUAAAGGAAGCAUCAGAGGCCAUAAAAAUAGCUGAAGAAGAAUUGCAAAAGUUUAAGAACCAAGUGGACACUUACACAAGCAAAGUGCAUGACCACAAGUACCAGAUUGUCCAGACAGAUCUUAACAUCGAUGAGAUGGAUCAGAAGCUGACGGAGAUCCGUAACGAUAUCUACAUGGUGAAAAAGCAGAGACGGAGUCUGGCCGAGUUGCAACUGAAGAUGAGGCGUGCCGUUCACGUCCUGAGUGUCUUUAGCGGCCAGGUCAACGUGUUGGAGCUACACACUCGCAGAUUUAUCCUCCAUGAGUCUGUGCUGCAGGUGAUGGAGGAGGUAAUGAAGUCGGCAGGAGAAAUCGCAGGGAAUGAGCUGCUCUGUAACACGGAAGUCUCGAGACUCAUCAGGAAGAUGAAGCAGACCGACCGACACCUGAGAGCUAUCUGCGCUUCACAAAAUAAUGCUACAGAUGAUAGCGUCAUGCUGAACUACAUAUAACCUUGUUUUACCUUAUCUACAUGUCAAAAUAUCACUAAUAACCAUUUAACACUAUUCAGUUCUUCUAGGAUUCCUGAGGGUUUUUUUUUUUGUGAUUGUUGCAUCCAAACAUGGCAUUUUUCAAAAUUUAUGCUUUUUAUUUUCUUUUGCCAAAAUCACAAGCACAGAAUUCUUCUUUUAAACUCUGUCCACAUAUGUAAUAACUUUCUAUGAGAGCUGUACUUAUCUUUGAGUUGCUUGAAAUAAUGGAGAACCUAACAUUUAUAAAAACACCAUGAAUAAAUUAAAAACAUGGUGAUUUACAUGAUUUAUAAUGCAGUAUGAAGGUGGCUGUUUUGUGUUUGAUAAAGUUUUUUGGCUAUCCCUGGGAGAAUAGUGCAUGAAAAUAUAAUAUAAUAUACAGUGAUUUCUGUAAUCAAUAAAAAUGUCAUGGAGUUUAAACAGACA